AUGACAGACGGCAAGUCCCAGGACUCGUUGAACCUCUCCGAUCUCGGCUCCACUCUCCCACCCAACACAGCCGGUACCAUCGUAUUGCAUCAGUGGUGUUAUUAGUAGUUGUCCCCUUCUUCUUUCUUAUGGUCUUCCUCCUCACUUCGUUUGGGUUCUGAUCGAGUUCAGGGAACACGGCGGGCCUAGUCGCUGCUCUCCAGGUUCCACUCUUCCCUCAUAUCCCCUUAAAACUUUCCAUAGCAUUCUAUUCUGCAUGUCUUCUUCAUUUGUGUAUAGAAUACAGUCUUUCCACUUGUUUUCCGUUUUUUUAUGCAUCUUGCUUUCAUGGAUUCAGAAUAAACUUCAGGCACUUGGGGGGCAUGACGCUAAUGUACUGGAGUCAUUAUCUGACAAAGUAAGGAAGCGUGUGGAGUUCCUGAAGGAGAUACAGGUUUGCCUGACUUGUACAUCUCUUACUUUCGAAGUUUUUUUAGUUUCGCGAGGCUUAUAUUCUUCCAUGGUUUGAUUGCUUACUCUCUCUCGUGAUGAAUCUUGGGUGUGAUGUAAUAUUUUUUGAUAAGAAAUAAGAAAUUCCUCUGAUGCUUCUCUGCUUUACUUGAUAUAAAUUAUAAAUGGACUGUCUUCAUGAAGUUAUUGUUGUCGUUAUAAAUGAUCUUUCCACGUAUUCAGGAGGGAGAUGGAAAAAAAUUCUGUAACAUUUGGAUUAAUUUUCCGUCGUGCCCUUUUUCGAGAUUUUUGUUUAUGUAGCUAGUGGACUUAAAGCUGAGACGCCUUGUUGGAUAUUAUGAACUUUGCUGUCUGUCUCCUUCAUUAGUCAUGGGUUUUUGAUCGUGCUGACAACGUUGGUUGGACCAUGCGACUCAAUGUUACCGGUCACAUUGUUUAACGAAGAAGUCCCUGAAUCCAUUCUAGUCUCAGUUACUAGGCCUUUAAUUGCUCAUUUCUGCGCACAGAAAUUUGAAAUUGAGUGUAUAUAUGUUCAGGCCGUUGUAGAUCAAUACACUACGAUGCUGCUUACAUGUGAGUACAUGAUGCGAUGCGUUCGUAUUUGUGCACUUCCUUCUUCUUUGAAUGAGUCUCUGUGUUUUUUUGUUGUCUCCUAAUUCAGAUUUUGACUUGUGGAUUUUGGUUUCACUAUGCUCUUUAUUAGAGUGAUUCGGAUUGUUCAAGGUUGGGUUGAUAUCUCAUGAUUCAAUCCAAUCGUGAAUGAAAGUGAUCAAGCAGUAGCGAGAUGAUGUUAGUUUGCUUGUUGUUCUCUUUGUUUUUUUUUUCCUUUACCGAAUUUGAUGUGUUUUACCAAACAAGGUCCAUGAUUUGACUUUACUUUCUUUCUACAUUUUUUUAUCAAUACUUGGAGUUUUCCAGCAUUUGGCUUCCUAAUUUUUUAUAUUUCUAUCAAUGACAGGUCUGAAAUGCUACUAUUAUUAUUUUGAUUUAGGGCGUCGUUGUCUCUCAAUAAAAUAUUGACUGUAAUUUAUGUCAUCUGUUUUUUUAGCUUUUUUCCAUGUUUGCAUUUGGAGUCAUCCUUAUCAAUAUUUUACAGUCGACAUUUCUAAUCUGACAUUCUAGGGCUAAACUUGUCUGAGGAAUCUUGGCAUUUGGUUGAUCUUGAGCGUUAAUUCAUUAUUAUUCUCUAUUGUGUUCUUUUGAUAAUAUCUGCCAAUUAUGGAUGCAUUUACGUGGUCUCACGAUUAUCAGUUUAUUUAUCGUAUUUUUUAAUGUGUUGCAGGGCCAGCAUGAUGAGCUUGAGGCAAAAUUUUUUGAGGAGAGGGCAGCGCUGGAAGCCAAGUACCAGAAAUUCUAUGAGCCAUUGUAUACAAAGGUGCAUUCGUUUAUUCUAUUAUGUGAUCAUAAAUGUGUGGCUUAUGUGAUAUAUAAUCUUUAGUAUAACUCCUUUGUCAAUCCCCUUCAGUGUUAGUGCAUUUUCCUUUGAUACCUGAUGGCAUGGCAAGCAGCUAUGCAUGCAAUGUCAUAAUUUUUUUAACGCAACUCAUGUAUCCCGUCCUAAAAGAUCGGCACCCUUUCCUUGAUUAUUGACGCUGUACUUCAAUUUUUUACGAUUAUUUUUCAUUUUGGCAUGCAGCGGUAUGAGAUCGUGAAUGGUGUUGUUGAAGUUGAUGGUCUUUUGAGUGGAGCGGCAGACACUACUGAAGAAGGCAAAGAAACUGAUGGUACCCUAUAUUGUUUUUCCGUCUGUCUUUUAAUGAUGCAACUUUUUCUUCUCUUGAAAGUUGCAUCUGAAUUUGUUUCAGAGAAGGGUGUACCCGGUUUUUGGCUCACUGCAAUGAAAACGAAUGAAGUGCUGUCCGAGGAGGUAAAAACAAGAGAAGUUGUUAGCUUUUUUUUAACUUGAAACCAAGCAACAGCUCAGUUGUUGUCUUCGACAUCAGAUUAAGGAGCGUGAUGAAGAUGCCCUUAAGUACCUGAAAGAUAUCAAAUGGUGCAGAAUAGAUAGUCCCAAGGGUUUCAAACUUGAGUUCUUCUUUGAUACCAACCCUUAUUUCAAGAACACAAUCCUGACGAAGAUAUAUCACAUGAUUGAUGAGGAUGAACCUAUUCUAGAGAAAGCUAUCGGGUACGUUUAAGUAAUUUACUCAUUUUUAGUUUAGAAUCCUCUUGAUAUCUGAGUAAGUAUGGGUUUGUUUCAUUUCCAUCUUUCCAGGACGGACAUUGAGUGGUAUCCGGGGAAGUGUCUGACUCAAAAGAUAUUAAAAAAGAAGCCGAAGAAGGGGUCAAAGAACGCCAAACCUAUCACCAAGACAGAAAUUUGUGACAGCUUUUUCAACUUCUUCAGUCCUCCUCAAGUUCCUGACGAUGAAGAUGAACUUGAUGAAGAUAUGGUCAGUCAUAUGUCUUUCCCGCUCGAUCAAUCGGCCAACACAUCCGCCUUUCUGAUGAUUGUCUUUUUUAUCUGAACAGGCUGAAGAGCUACAGAAUCAAAUGGAAAGCGAUUAUGAUAUCGGGUAAACCCUCUCUGGCUUCACUUCAAAGAUUUACUGGGAACGGAGUAUAUUUUUCCAAAACUGGGUAACGAGUGUGUGCUGUGAUCCUGUAGGUCUACCAUCCGUGAUAAAAUAAUACCCCAUGCUGUUUCGUGGUUCACGGGAGAGGCUGCCCAGGGUGACGAGUUUGAAGUCUUGGGAGAAGAUGAGGGUGAAGACGACGAAGAAGAUGACGACGAUGAAGAGGAAGAUGAUGAUGACGAGGAUGAUGAUGAUGAUGGUACCGCCGCUCCCAAGAAGGUGGGUCUUACUCUUCUCUCUUCUUCACUCAAGGUUAGCAGCACUACUCUGGCCAAUGACACGCAUAGCUUUGAUUCUGCAGAAGAGCGGUGGAGCUGCCGCCGGGGAGCAGCAAGCUGAUCGCCCCGCUGAGUGCAAACAGCAGUAG